AUGACAGGUGGAGAAGAAUUUAAUGCUGCUGCAAACAUAAUGAUACCAGUAGAAAAUCCUGAAAGUUCUCAAAAUAUAGCCGACAUCCAAAAUGACGAGAAGAUGGCUCACAUGGCGCAAGAGCUUGAGAUUUUGAGAGAGGAACUACGUCAAGUGCGAGACUUGGCCAAGCUUUCGGCUACUACCUUCCCAAGUUUCAAGAUGCCCAGCUACCUCCCUAGAGCUGACCUGCCUCCUACAGAUUCUCCAAACAUGCCUAAACGUGCUCCCAUUCAUGGUCAAGCACCAUUAGCUCAUCCGUCUGCAAUCAGGACUGCUCCUGACCUUCCCACUCAAGACCCCGUCACACCUACCUACCCAGUGACAAACCAGAUAUUUGGAGCACACACCGUCGCUCCUUAUGAUUCACAGAUCCCACCUGUAUAUGCUGUUGAGGCCCCUACUUUCACGACACCGGUUAGGGUCAAGGUCUCGCAUGAGGUGGACCAAUAUGCAGAGAUGGAGAAGGAUGCCCGAUUGAAAGAAGAUGAGUCAAUAGACGCUCAACUUCGAGGUCUAAGAAAGGCGUUGAAAAACCUACAAGUCUCUAGGGGAACAGAGAGCCUAGAUUAUGAUGACUUAUGUAUCCACCCAGAUAUUGACAUGCCGGUAGGAUACAAGCCCCCAAAGUUUGACAUAUUUGAUGGAAAGAGCGAUCCUCACGCACAUCUGAGGGCAUACUGUGACAAGUUAGUCGGUGUAGGGAGAAAUGAGAAACUAAGAAUGAAGUUGUUCAUUCGAAGUCUAUCUGGAGAAGCGUUGACCUGGUAUACACGCCAGGAUCCUCGCAAAUGGUAUAACUGGCAGGAAAUGGCCGAGGAUUUCAUGAAUCGUUUCAGAUUUAAUACUGAAAUCACUGCGGACAGGUUCUCAUUAGCCAACAUACAAAAGAAACCAUCGGAGGACUUCCAGGAGUAUGCACGACGUUGGAGAACCGAGGCUGCAAGGGUUCAACCACCGCUCGAUGAGAGUGAGCUCUCAAAAUACUUUAUUCGAGCACAAGAAGGUAUCUACUUUGACAAGAUGAUGUCAAUGAUGGGCCAAAAGUUUGCAGAAUUGGUCAAGAUGGGAGAUUUUAUAGAGGAAGGCAUCAAAUCAGGUAAAAUUCAGUCCAUGGCUGCAUUGCAAGCUGCAAGUAAGGCCAUACAAUCAGGAUCCAUUGGUGGCAUCAAGAAGAAAAGGGAGGAUGUUUCAGUCGUCAAUUACCAACAUGGAGGACAAUCCCACCAAUACCCAAAAAAUCCCCAAAUUGUUGCACAUACUCCAUACACCUCGUAUCCAGUGUAUAAUACCCGACCACACUAUAAUCCACCUCGAGCACCAACAUACCAAAGUCCAACAAGACCACAUGUCCCACUCCAAGCACCAACCCACCAAAACAGACCAGCAUAUGUGCCAAGACCACGUCCAAAUCUCGAAGCCAGAAAUACUCGCACCUAUACACCCAUUGCUGAACCUUAUGCUCAAUUGUUUGAAAGGUUAAGGAUAGCAGGAGUACUACAGCCAGUUGAGGGAAAACUCCCCGACCCAAUCCCUUACAAUUUUGAUGGAAACAAGCGAUGCGCUUACCACUCGGGAAUCCAAGGGCAUGACACAGAAGAUUGUUAUGGCUUGAAAAACCAGGUUGAGACGUUGAUCAGAAGAGGAAUAAUAAAAUGCACUCCAACACCUCCGAAUGUGAACAACAACCCUUUGCCAAAUCAUGAGAAUCGAGAAGUCAACAUGAUUUCUCUAGAAGAAGAGUACAACUUGGGAGAAACCAUCACGCCUGUCUGGAACGCCGAAGAAGCUGCCACUGCAUCUCCAGUGCAACCUAUUAUCACUGUUCAGCUAAAGGAACCUCUUACUGUCCAAACAUAUCUCCCGAGAGUUGUAGUAACCACUACAGUUGCUAGAAAGGCUGAGUUUGACACCAAAGAAGUCCCAUAG